GGAAAACGUAACCACCGUCCAAACUCCCGAUCUCCAUUCCUCAUUCAUCAUCACAUCGUCCAUUGAUUUUUUCAACCUUCAUCAACCACCAUCACCAUAACCAAUCUCGGAAUAUUUCCUCAUCUUCCGAAUCCUUUACGAUUGCGCGCUCUGGAUAUUUGUUUUAUUUUUUCGGCAACAAAACAAUUCCAUCAUCAGAGCCGCGAAUAUGGGUGAUGUUCUCGUAGAAAAUCCGGCCAACAUCGUUGCACCGCAUAACAAACCUAUCCCGUCAACCAUCCCAAACAUCGAGGCCAUCGAAGGGUUACCAGCGCAAGGUGGAGAUGAAUAUGCGGUGUUAAAAAAGUUACAGAGGCACCUGGAAUAUAUCCAACUUCAGGAGGAAUACAUCAAGGAUGAGCAAAGGAGCUUAAAACGCGAACUGGUUCGCGCGCAAGAAGAAAUCAAGAGGAUUCAAAGUGUGCCCUUGGUCAUUGGCCAAUUUAUGGAGGCUAUCGAUCAAAAUACUGGAAUAGUUCAAUCGAGUACAGGCUCUAACUAUGUCGUCCGAAUCUUGUCCACCUUAGAUCGCGAGAAGCUAAAGCCCUCAUCCUCCGUCGCCUUACACCGUCACUCUAAUGCCCUCGUCGAUAUCCUCCCUCCGGAGGCUGACUCCUCUAUCGCCAUGCUUGGUGUCGACGAAAAGCCCGAUGUGACAUAUGCCGACGUUGGUGGUCUUGAUAUGCAGAAGCAGGAGAUCCGUGAAGCCGUCGAGUUACCUCUAACGCAUUUCGAUCUUUACAAGCAAAUCGGUAUUGACCCACCUCGUGGUGUACUCCUCUACGGCCCUCCUGGAACGGGAAAGACGAUGCUUGUCAAGGCUGUCGCCAAUUCUACAACCGCCAACUUCAUCCGCGUCGUCGGCUCAGAAUUCGUCCAGAAGUACCUUGGUGAGGGUCCUCGCAUGGUACGUGACGUCUUCCGCAUGGCUCGCGAAAACUCCCCCGCCAUCAUCUUCAUCGACGAGAUCGACGCCAUCGCCACCAAGCGUUUCGACGCCCAAACCGGUGCUGAUCGUGAGGUCCAGCGUAUCCUGCUAGAAUUGUUGAACCAGAUGGACGGUUUCGACCAGACCUCCAACGUCAAGGUCAUCAUGGCCACCAACCGUGCCGACACCCUCGAUCCCGCCCUUCUACGUCCCGGUCGUCUCGACCGAAAGAUCGAAUUUCCCAGCCUGCGCGACCGCCGUGAGCGUCGUCUUAUUUUCACCACCCUCGCUAGCAAGAUGAGCCUCGCUCCCGAGGUUGACCUCGACAGCCUGAUCGUCCGGAAUGAUCCCCUAUCUGGCGCCAUCAUCGCCGCCAUCAUGCAAGAAGCCGGUCUCCGUGCCGUGCGCAAGAACAGGUACAACAUCAUCCAAGUCGAUCUCGAGGACGCAUAUUCCAGCCAAGUCAAGGGCACCAGUGACGAGAACAAGUUUGACUUCUACAAAUAGACGGAAGACGCCGCCCAUCUUUAGAUAUCUUGGAGUGGUUCUCGGAUUGGACUCGAAGAGCGGGAGAGGAAAGGAGUCCAUGGCAGGAUGCACUUCGGGUACUCUUGCUCUGGUCUUGCUAUAUGGUACGAGGCUCAGUGGAAAUAGAGGCGUUCCCUUACGAUUACGAUACGGGAGAGCCAGGUGUAUAACUGUAACAUCAUUAUCAAUACAAAGGGACUAAUCACGAGUUUACUUUU